ACGGUUAACGAGAGCCACAGGUACUCUCACCACAACAAUAUCGAAUACACACACUCUCUUCUUCUUUCUUUCUCGCCAUUCCCUCUUCCUCGUUCUGGUUCAGAUGGAGUCGCGAGUGCUGUCACGCGCCGGAGUCUUCUCCUCCCUCGCUCACCUCCGCAAGCCGCCGCGGGAGGCCGUUGGCGGUGCCUCCUUCGUCACAGUGAAGACCGUGGGGUCCCUCGCCGACGGCGGGAAUCUGAUUUGGGGGAGGCAGCUGCGUCCGGAGCUCUGCUCGCCGGCUCUGAAAAAGGAGACCGUCCUCCUCCGGCCUUGCCUUGCCGCCGCCUCCUCGCCCGCCGAGGGUGGUGAUUCCGCCGGGGAAAAGGUUGCUCCCGCGGGAUUCUUUGGCAAGUACCCCGCUCUUGUCACCGGGUUUUUCUUCUUCACGUGGUACUUCUUGAACGUGAUUUUCAACAUCCUCAACAAGAAGAUCUACAACUAUUUCCCCUACCCGUACUUCGUAUCCGUCAUCCAUUUAUUCGUGGGUGUGGUGUACUGUUUGUUGAGCUGGACCGUGGGCCUUCCUAAGCGUGCUCCUAUAGACUCCAACCUGCUGAAGUUGCUCAUUCCGGUGGCUGUGUGCCAUGCAUUAGGCCACGUCACCAGCAAUGUCUCAUUUGCUGCAGUUGCUGUUUCUUUCACUCAUACCAUUAAAGCUCUUGAACCAUUCUUCAAUGCUGCUGCUUCACAGUUCAUCCUUGGCCAAUCCAUUCCCAUCACUUUGUGGCUGUCUCUGGCUCCCGUUGUUAUUGGUGUGUCCAUGGCAUCUUUGACCGAGCUCUCUUUCAACUGGGUUGGCUUCAUAAGUGCUAUGAUUUCAAACAUUUCCUUCACCUACCGGAGCAUCUAUUCAAAGAAAGCCAUGACUGAUAUGGAUAGUACCAAUGUCUAUGCCUACAUUUCCAUCAUUGCUCUAAUUGUCUGCAUACCGCCUGCAGUAAUUGUGGAAGGCCCUGCACUGUUGAAGCACGGCUUCAAUGAUGCUAUUGCUAAAGUAGGUUUGGUCAAGUUCGUCUCAGAUCUCUUCUGGGUUGGGAUGUUUUACCAUCUCUACAACCAGGUGGCUACCAACACUCUGGAGAGAGUGGCUCCUCUCACUCAUGCAGUUGGGAACGUACUGAAACGUGUAUUUGUGAUUGGAUUCUCAAUUAUAGUCUUCGGUAACAAGAUUAGCACCCAAACUGGUAUAGGAACAGCCAUUGCAAUUGCUGGAGUGGCUCUCUACUCUCUCAUCAAAGCCAGGAUUGAGGAAGAGAAACGACAAGCGAAAGCAGCAUAAGAAGUGGUCAACCUGGAGGAGGUCUUGCACUGUAAAUCACGCCAAAUUUCCUUCAAAAUAAUUGAGUGACCGGUUCAGUAUUGUACUAUCCUUGUGAUAGCGCGCUUUUAUUUUUCCUUCUUCCUUUUUGUUAAAUAUUUUCUUUUUUCUUUUUCUCUCUUCAUUCAGAAAACAAUGUCUUGCUGCUGAUUUGCAGUCUCGUCGUCUCGACUGAAAAAUGAUGUACCCUUGAUUCCCAUAAAGAGCUAUUGAAACUAUUUUGAAAGCUGAAAAACAGUAAGCAAUCAAAUACAGUUGGGUCAAUGGUCAUGAUAAAAA